AUGGCGGCAUCACAAUCUUCUGAGUUGCAGCCCUCUAUACGAAAGGGGAAUACGCUCAGUAUAGAACACAAUCGGCUUGCAAAAGUAUUAACCGCGGUUUUAAUUCUGAUUCUGUCCACCAUAUACGUUUCUCCAAGCUUGAACGUAAGCUGGAUUCCAGCGGCCAACCCUGCGGCCCAAGGAGCUGAUAAUGCUACCCUAGGUUUUGAGAGGCUGGUCGCCGUCACUACUGGCCCUUCCUGGAGGCUCAAUGGGCUGCAGACUGCGGCGACCUUGACGGGACUCAGCCUGAUCGCUCCGAGGCAGCCAGACUGGACUCAAGAAGAAGUUGACGUCUUCCGUCAAAAGAAGGGGCAGCCCCAGUCCCCUCAUGCCAAAUACACGUACGGCAUUGGCCCUGGUCAAGCCCGGUGCUGGCUCGGUCAUUUAAAUGCGUUGAGAACAGUCAUUCAAAAUGGGUGGGCGACGGCGCUCAUCAUGGAAGAUGAUGCCGACUGGGACAUUAACAUCAAAGAGCAGAUGCAGCUGGUGGCGCCGAUGCUCAAGGACUUAACCAACGCGCCAGGCCGCUCGCACUCGCCGUACGGCGACGGCUGGGAUCUUUUGUGGCUGGGCCACUCGGGGGAUCCGAUUGAUUUCGGCGAGGGUCGAUUCAGAGCGGCCCUGGACCCGACGCUGCCAGAGUCGACCAUCUACCGCCACGUGUACGGCGGCCGCAGCUACUACCCGCCGCAGCUGCGAGUCGUGCACCACUCGGUCGCGCCGCUCUGCACUUUUGCGUACGCCGUCACGCAGGCGGCCGCCCUCAAGAUGUACGCCAUGUCGCGGGGCGGCCAGGACGACAUCAUCACAAUGACCCUGCGCCGGUGGUGCACAACCGGCCAGCUGCGGUGUCUGACGGUCAACCCGGAGCUGUUUCACCACCACCAGAAGGCGGGCGAGGUCGCGAGCCAGAUUGCAGUUGUCGAGGGCUGGCAUGGCAGAGCUGCGGCGCCGGUGCGCACAUACACGCCUAACAUACGGUACAGCGCGAGGUGCAACAGCAACUCGACGGCGCUCGUGUCUUGCCAGGGUGAGUCCACGCGGCCCCUGGGCCAAACAAAUCAAACGUGGGGGUAG